AUGCGAAUCAAAAUGAAACGCGGGGAUCUCUUCAAUUUCUUCGACAGGGACGAGUACAAGAAAUUUUCCAUUGCACACUGCAUCAGUCGGGAUUGUGCUAUGGGCAAAGGAAUCGCCGUCGAGUUCAAAAAACGUUUUGGCGGUGUGGCGGAGCUGAAAAAACAAGCGGCAACGGCGAAAAAAACAAUUAAAAACGUUUACAAUAAAGAUUUUUCUCAUUUAGAGCCAACCGGAGGAACGUUGUUCACGUUGGAGCGCGCCGAUCGUUCGAUUUGUUACCUCAUCACAAAGGAGUACUAUUAUCAAAAGCCCACCUAUUCAUCGCUGCGAGAAAGCUUGGAGGAUAUGCGUGAUUUUCUGGUCUCAAAGUCGAUUCCGGGAGUUUUGAUGCCAAAAAUUGGAUGCGGUCUCGACAGGCUCGAUUGGGAUAAGGUUGUCAGAAUCAUCGAAGAAACUUUUCAAUCAACUCCCAUCGAGGUUAUCGUCUGCACGUUG